CGAAUUUCUCACAAACAGAAGAAACGAAGGAAAGAGAUCUGAUCGGAGAUGGCAUCGACUGCGGCGGUUCCGUUCUGGAGAGCGGCGGGUAUGACUUACAUAACCUAUUCAAACAUCUGUGCCAAUCUCGUGAGGAACUGUCUCAAGGAACCACACAGAGCUGAAGCCUUAACUCGCGAGAAGGUUCACUUCUCUCUAUCCAAAUGGGCUGAUGGGAAGGCUCAGAAACCUGUUUUGCGCUCAGAUGCACCUGCAGUUUGAGACUUUUACAAUUGAGAAACAAGUUUGAGCUAAUGAUGUGCUUAAGGAAUGCAAGAAACUGUUGUUAUCAAAGUUUUUAAUCUUCCUUUUAUUGUCAGCAAUGGAGCUUGAGUGAGAGAUAGACUCAUUCCAAUCAUAAUAAUGACUUUGUGUUUUCCGUUUCUUGUUUUGCAUCUAUUCAUCCUCUUUCAAAUUUUUGUAUGCAAAUAAUCAAAAUGAAGACUUCUCUUA